AUGAAUGAAAGAUAUAGUAAUGAUAAUUUAAUAUUAUCAUCAUCAGAAAAUAGUGUAAAUGUAGAUCUAAAAGAGAGUUGUGAAACAAUAUAUGGACUUUAUGCAGGUGAUGGUUGCAAAGAUUAUGCAUUCAAAGGAAGUCGGAACACUCUAUUAUCUAUCAAUUUCCCUAUUGGAUCUCGUCUUUCAAACAUCAAUGACUGUGCUUUUAAUCAAUGUUCAAAACUAUCAUCUAUUGAUUUCAGCAACUGUGAGUUUUUAACUAUAAUUGGGUCAUAUGCAUUUGGAGGAUGCAUAUCAUUAUCUAAUAUAAUUCUUCCAACUCAUUUGAAAUCAAAUUCCACUUGUUGUUUUGAAUAUACAUCAAUUACAUCUAUUUCAAUACCGAAUGAUGUGACAUCGUUAGGAUCAGCAUGUUUUCAAGCUUGUUCAAAAUUAAAAAACGUUAUAAUCGAUGUUGAAUCCAAUUUGAAAGAAAUUGGUGUCAAUGCUUUUAAUGGAGCACUGAUUGAAACAUUUUUUAUCCCAAAAUCAACAACUAAGGUUAAUGAAUAUGCUUUUGUUCAUUCUAAAUCGCUGAAAGAGUUUAGAAUUGAUCCAUCGAAUCCAAGUUAUAGUGUUUCAGAUGGAGUUUUAUUCAACAAAGAUCAAACAUACCUAGUAAAAUUUCCUGCAAAUAAAAGUAAGACAUAUUCUAUUCCUGAAAAAGUUACAUCUGUAGGUUCAUGUUCAUUUGCAAAUUCUAUUAUAGAAUCAAUUCAAUUUUCUAUUAAUUUUAGAUCAUUUGGUGAUUGGGCAUUUGGCGGUUCAAAUCUCAAAUCAGUUAUAAUUCCAGAUUCUGUUACUUCACUCGGAUCAGGUGUUUUUCAAACUUGCACACAUUUGAAUUCUGUUGUAAUUGUAAAAGGAAUCUAUUCAAUUCCUACACAAACUUUUCAAAAUACAAACAUUUCAUCAAUAACAAUUCCAUCGGGUAUAACUAAAAUUGAUAGUUAUGCAUUUUAUGGUUGUAAUAAUCUUAAAGAGGUUGUUUUACCAUCUAGCUUAAAAAAUCUUGGCGGUUCUUGCUUCCCAAUCACCACAAAUUUGACAUUCUCUGAAGGACCUGAUUUUACUAUUGAUAAUCAGAUGAUUGUUUACAAUAAAGCAAAGACAACAGUUGUGAUGUGUUUGAAUGAGAGUGAGAGUUAUAUUAUUCCAUCUACAGUUCAGAUCAUUAAUAAUGAUGUAUUCCGAUCAAAUAAAAUAUUGAGAAAAAUUGGAUUUGAAUCCGAAAGCCAACUGACUGAUAUUUAUGAAGGAGCAUUUGCUGAAUGCGAGAAACUCUCAAGUAUCAAUAUUCCUCUUUCAGUUUCUAAAUUUGGCAAGAAUUCAUUCUCAGGAUGCAAGUUACUACAAUAUAUCUUCUUUGGAAAUAAUCUAAGUUCAAUAUCAGAUAAUUGUUUCAAAAAUUGCAACUCUUUAACAACAAUUACUUUUAAUGAUAUUGAUGGAAAUGCUAUCAUUGGUCAAUAUGCAUUCAUUGGCUGUAAUUCACUCACAUCUGUCACACUACGAAAUGGAAUUUCGAGUCUUGAUAUGUUCUGUUUCAGUGGAUGUACAAGUUUGAAUCGAAUAAGCAUUCCAUCGACAGUUGUUUUCAUCGGAACAAACGCUUUUCAGAACACAAACAUCGAAACUAUCACAUUUUCAUCAGAUAGUCAUAUGCAUGUUCUUAGCCAGUACGUUUUCAGUGGAUGCAAUACACUUCGUAAUAUCGAAAACAUUCCGAGUGGUAUUGAGUCAAUCGAAUCUGGUUGCUUUGAGUUCACUAGUCUUGAAACAUUCACAGUCCCAGUUUCUACUAUCAGUAUCUCAGACUAUGCAUUCCGAGGCUACUCAUCUCUUCGUGUCUUCACAAUUCCGUCUGGCUGUCUUCUGAGUAAUAUCGGUAACUUCAUCUUCACAGGGUGCACAUCUCUAAGUGCUAUCGAGUGUGUUAACAGUGAACAUUUCGUUAUUGACAACGGUGCACUUUUCAACAAAAAUCGAAGUAAUCUUAUCUACUUCCCUCCUGCAUCUUCGAUUAAGUUCUUCUGCUUCUCACAGAAUGUCAAGAGUGUUUCAUCGAGUGCAUUCUUCGGAUGCAAGCAUCUUGAAGGCAUCAUGAUCCCAGACAACUCUAUCGAAACUAUUGGUUUCUCAGCAUUCUCCGAAUGCACAUCUCUCAAGUAUAUAAACAUCCCUCUUUGUGUGAAGACAAUCGAACAAAACGCAUUCGCAGGAUGUAUCAACCUUCAGUGUGGUGUGAAUAUCCAGAACCAGACUCGUUCGUUUAUUGAUAAUAUUGUUUCUUCAAGUGGUCUUAGCAUCACUUCUUUGAAAUCUUGUUCUAUAAUUACAUGCAAACAGAUUCACUAUCAAAAUUCUGUUUCAAAAUCAUAUCUAUAUGUUUUUGUUCUGAUGUAA